GCAGGGAAAAUUACGCCGAUUAAUGCGGCACAUAUUUCUUAUUACAUCAAUAUAUUUACUUAUUACGACAUUAACUAUUGUAUGUUCUUAUACAUACUUUUAUAAUUCGAAUUAUUAAGAAAAGUCGCGUUCCAGAUGAGUUACCUUAACAUAAAAAUGAGGGCUAAUUUAUCUCAACUUAUUUUACUCCAAGCGACAGUUGAAGCUCAAUCUCACAGCGAACACAUUUUACGUGAUUGAUAGAAACUCACCAGCUGGUGGACAGAAAUGAUCCAUUCUACUCCAGAUUCAAAUGUAGCUGAAUUUCCAACGGCGCCCUGCAAGUUGACGGCGCCGGUGGCGGACGUUGUUAACCCGGGCCACGACCGAUCCGGUCUUGACCCGACCGUGCUGAGAGAGCAGCUUUUCGAACUGUGGCGCAGCAACGAUUUGCAGACGUUCCAUUUGGAAGCCCAGGAGGGAUUUUCAGAGCUGAACGAUCCCCUGGAGGCCAUCCUAACAAUCCUAGAGUGCUCUCCGGCCAAACAGAAGGCUCGGGGCCACACCUUGGGGGCCCACAUCUUAAAGGAAUUCCAGAGCUGGUUAAAAGAACAUCCCCAGGUUAUGGUGACUUCACUUCCAGAGCAGCAAGCGACAGCCCUUAAGCAUCGGGCUCUUUUCCUUCUCACCAACACCCAGACCGUGGUUGUUGAAGGUCUCAUAAAUAUCUACCAGCUAACCACCCUGGAUCCAGCUACCCUGCGACUGCAUGUUGUGAACCUGCUGGCCCUCAAAUGCUACAAAGAGGCAGCAGUGCUUGGUAUAAAGCUGAAUUUGCAGAAUGAACUAAAUGUGGAGGAGGUAUGCAUGCCGCUCAUCUUUCAGGACAAGCUGUCCUUAGCAGAGAGCUUUGUCGCAGGACACACUCAUCUAGAACAGCAACUGGUCUCUCUGCUUGACUCCUGGUGCCACCCCAACUUCUCACUCACCGACAUGAUGAGCGAGCGGUUUCCUCACCUCUCCAGAUCCAAACACAGCCUGGCUCACAUCCAGCCCAAAAUGCUAACAAAACAUGUCUUUCAACUUGCGGAGAAAUUUAACAUUGACCAAGGGCUGUGUCCCAAUGCCCUGCACAAGAGGAGACUGGAUUCACUUCGGUUCCUCAUGUUCAAGAGAUUUUUAGAUAAAAGCAUGACGGAUGAGAAUUUUAGUGACCACGUGCAGACUGUAGUGGCAGAUGACCUUGAGCUCCAGAUCCAGUUGGUGGAGAUGUUGCCGAAGUACUGUGGACUUGAAAAAGCUGCUCAGUGGUCGCUGAGAUAUAGCCUUCCCAGGCACAGACUCCCCUGGGGGGUCUGGGACGCCCAGCAAAGUUUAUCACCCGAGCUACAACAUGCAAGCAAUUCCACACACAAUGAGGAGUGGAUGCCGUCUGAAGCUCAUUGUCAGAAGUUCUACCAGGUACCUCUCACCAAAGACAAGGUUCAGCAUGUGGACACCCUGAAAGCCCUUCAAAGUUGUCGUGACACACUCCUCAAGGGGGGUGGUGUAGUAGGAGUUGAUAUGGAGUGGCAGCCCACAUUUGGCUGUGGCUCAACUCAGCAAGUUGCCCUGAUACAGCUCGCUACUUUUGACACCGUUUUCCUAUUAGACUUGUGUGCAAAUGGAUUUUGUCAGCAUCCAGAGACCAUUACAUUCAUUAGAAGUUUUUUAUGUGAAUGUAAUGUCCUUAAAGUGGGUUAUGGCAUGGCUGGUGAUCUCAAGUGUCUCAUGUCCACCUGGCCUCAAUUUGUGGAGGAGCCAUUGAAAAUAGAGGGGAUGCUUGAUCUUCUUAACGUACACAGAAAGAUCCAGUGUGGUAAGGUGAACAGCGCUCAGUGUGGCCCUAAGGAGAUGGUAGUGGGAGAGGACUCUGCUGAGAAAGGCCUCAGUCGGCUAGUGCAACAGGUCCUGGGAAAGGCCCUUGACAAGAGCGAGCAAAUGUCCAACUGGGAGAAGCGGCCGCUGCGCGUCAGCCAAAUCAGAUAUGCCGUGACGGAUGCUUACUGUUUGUUGGAUGUAUACUCUGUGCUCUCCGCUAACGCCACCAACUUUGGGCUUCCAAGCAAUCUCCAUUCCAUCUCUUUAAGACAACCAGAGAAGAAUAGAGAUGAAAAACAGAAGGACAAAAAAAGCAAGAUGAAGAAACACAUCAGCAGCAAGGAGGAAUGUCAGGGGGCUCAAUGGGUCAGUCCCCCUUGCUCUGAUACUGAGAAAGGCCUCCUGUGUGGCAAGAAACCCCCUGAAGACUCCCCUACUGCUCCUCUUGCCCCUCAGCAGUUGCGGGUCGUGUGUGACAACAUGUUGCAAGGCCUCGGGAGGUACUUGCGCUGUUUGGGAGUCGAUGUGGUCAUGCUGGAAAAUAAUGAUGAUCACAGAGUAGCUGCAAAGUUAGCACAAGCUGAGUACCGUGUUAUACUCACAUGUGGACAGCCAUACCAGACUUUGAGGUCUCAGGUGGCCGAGGGCCGCUGUCUAUCCCUGGACUGCUCGGAGAAGGCAAGAGACCAAGCUGUCCGAGUGCUCAGACACUUCAAUGUCCGGCCAACUCCUUGUGAUAUAUUCAGUCGCUGCCAGGCGUGUAACAGUGAUCAGUAUGUGGCACUGCCCAGACAAGACAUGAUCCGGAUGCUUAAACAGAAAGGAUUUCUACAGGCAUCCGAUACGUCACUGACACCACCAAAAGAGGAGUCGUUCGAGGAUCUUGAACUCCCCAGGUAUGGUCCUCGGUGUUACUGGGCCUCCGUGUCAGAUCUGGACCCUGUGACCCUGAGCUUUCCUGGCGGGGCACCCAUACAGCUGCACACAGUACCGCCGACUCUGGUGCCCAGGGUACAGCACUACUUUGUCUGUACCCGGUGUGGAAAGGUGUUUUGGGAGGGCUCUCACUUUGGACGUGUUCUCUCCAUGUUUAAGGACGUCUUGCACGUCACAGAUGAGGGUACAGAAUAAACAUUUAAGGGGCACGGCAGAAAUGUCAAACAUUACUGUAAGGAAAAUACUGAUAGGAGGUUGUCCAAAUCUAGUGAUGCCACAAAAUUGUUAUAAAUUGUUAGAUUGUUUUUAGCUUACCUUUUCCUAAGCUAAAAAGUCAACGCAUUCAUCAUCACAUUUCAUUGAGGAUUUUUUGUUAAAGCUUUAAAAUAGAGGGAACCAAAUAUUGUUGUUAGAUGUUACUUAUCUGCCGUGAAAUAAUUUAAAAUAUGAACCUUGAAGACACCAUCCAAUUAGAAAUUGUUUUUGAAUUUUUUUCCUAACUUUUUAUUCCAACUGUUUUGUAAUUGUUUUUUAAAUUGUCUUUAUUUCAGAAGCUGAGCAAAAACAGGUCACUUUUUGUUCUUUUUCAUGCAGAUUCUCUGAGUGUAUCUUAAUCGUUGAAUUGUAAAUUCAGUAUUUGUUAAUAAAAUAGUUGUUCUUCUAAUUAA